AUGGCCACCGCAGAAUACCAGGAGUUCUACAAGCUCCAGAAACAAACGGAGCGCGAGCGGCAGUUUGUGCAGCUGCACACACAAGACUGGCUUCAUGGCCCGGGAAACAUCCACUCGGUGAUCCAAUACUCGGUUUUCCGCUCGUCCUCAAGAAACGGCUGGAUCAACGGCAACCUGGGCGAAAUCAACUUCUCGCCGCACAUUGCCAUGGCGCCCGUGGCGCAGCGGCCCACCACGCGACUGUCGUCGGUCGAGUCUCGCCAGCUGGACCACUUUGUGUCCAAGCACGCGGGAGACUUCAAAAAGGACCACGAUGCGUCGCCGUUUUCCGGGCUCUACCACGUCCCGUCCUUUUCUACAGCCGCCCCGGAGGGACCCCUUCCUGCCGGCAUGCAGCAGUACUGCUACCAGGCGCAUUUCGAGUUGGGCGAAGUAACGCACAUGUUUGGAGGCUUACGCGUGGACCCAUCGGCGAACUUGCGGCUUCUUGGCAUUCCCCGCUCGACUGACUUGCUGCGCAUCUCUGUCCAUUUGAGCGGCGACUUGCCUCCCUUCGUCAAUAAGGAAGUACUCAUGUCUCCCAUGAUGUAUCCCAACCCGUCUUUCAUUUUGUUCAACCCGACACGCGGCACGGUGCAAGAGUAUGGCCGAGAAGGCUUUGGCGACGUGUUUCCGGGCCACUUGCUUCAGGCUACCGGCACGCAAGUUUCGCCGCACGAAGUGUUUUGGUGUGGCGGCUUCGAGGCCAAAGUCGUCUCGGUGUCCCAUAACGAAGACGUCGACCGCUGGAUCGUCGAGAAGAAAAUCGUGGUCAACGACCACGGCUACAUCAUGGAUGGGCGCACGCUUCGCUUUACUCGUGUGGAUAUCCGGUCAAAGCUGGCUCUCCGAUAUGUGGGCCGCUUGGGCAGCGCGUUGGUAUCCAACAGUUUCGAAGAACAUCCGCUGCAAGUGGGUUCUCCUCAUUCGAGAGGCAUUAGCUCUCCUGUGUGGCCCGGGGAUGAGAUGGAAGAGCUAGAGAUCGAAAAGGACAGAGAAAGCGAUAGAGAAAAGUCUAGAAAAAGCGACAAAGUGGCUAAAAAUGGCAAAGGUGAAAAGCCAGGAAAAGUUGACAAGAUCGAUACAACUGACAGAACUGAAAAGAUAGACAAGAGCGACAGGACUAUAAAGAUCGACAAGACUAUCAAGUUUGACACCACUGUCAAGACGGACAGUAUUGACAGCAUUGAAACUCCAAAAGUCGACAAGUCCGAGAGGACUGAAAAACCGCCGAGCCCGCAGAGAUCAGAAAAGUCUGAUAAAGACGACAAAACGGAGAAAAAUGAAAAGUCCGAUAGAAUAGACAACGGCAAAGCGGCCAAGGACAGUACCUCCAAACCAGACGACAAAGAAAAACCAAAGCCCGUUCGCCAGGAAAAAGAUAGCCCUGCCCGUCCCCGCGUGUCGCCUGACCAGCGACGGCCAGACACAAAAUCCUCGCCUCCGUUGUCGGCGCUGAAAAUGACUUCCAUGCUCCAUAAGUCUACUCGUAUUUUCCAUCGUGAUCGUAGCAUGUCGGGCAAACAGAUGCCGCUGCCACUGCCCAUUCAAAGCUCAUACUCCAAUCAAGUGAAACAUAACCGCACUGUUCCGGGCCAAAGUCCCCUCAGUCGACCUGGAUCGCCGCAAAUGCUGCGCAAAUCACCUGUUGUACCUCCACUGCGGACCAAUACAGGAAGCAGCGACCGUACCGGCAGCGACAAGGGUGACAGCGACUCUGCUUCUUCGAUGCUGUCUGUCCCAGCAUUGGCCAUUCCUGCGCCACGGCGCUUGCGCCAGUCUCAGAAGGAGCAGGCGGAGAAAAACCAAGUUUUCGGCGAGAGAACCUUCAUCGAUCGCGAAAUGGGUGAUACUACUCCGGUGAAACCUGACGUGGUGUCUAUUACCGUCUACCAGUUUGGAGGGUUUAAAUAUGCUGAGGACGAGGAUGGCAGACCACAUUUCACACUGACAAAUGAGUUAUUGAAGAUCGAGUUGCUUCUCAACGGAAACAAUUUCCACUCUGAGGCAUUGGUGCUUGAAAUAUCUCUGGGCGCAAAUGAUUUGUGGCCUAGCCCUCGUGGAUUCUUCGCUUCUAUUCUUUUAGACGCUUAUUCUCCAAGCGAAACAUGUGACAUAGUGGCUGACAGGUAUCUGGACGACCUGGCGCUGGCGCUGACUCUGGAGUCGGGAGAUCGAUUAUCUGACAUAUUGGCAGAGAAAUCGGACAUAUGGAUGGAAAAGCUGUCUGACCCAUGGGGUGCCAAGCCUGCUGCUGACAUUGUGAGUGAGAAGUCUGCACCGUUAUCAACACAAUCGCUAGGUGGCGAGUCAUUUUUUGAGAAUAAGUGCCUUAUGGUACACGGCGGAGUGAACGACCAGCAUGAAGUAUUCAACGAACUAUACAUGUACUCAUUUGCGACAGGAAAAUGGGAUACGAUGCUGACAUAUGUAUUUGAUUACUACAAUAUCCCAAAGCAGCCAUACGAAGACGAGAAAACGGAGGAUCUCCAAUUGGAAAACCAGGUGAAGGCUCCCGAGCUUGUUGAAGCAGAUUUCCGCAGUUGCCACCACCGUGCUCACAUAUAUUCAGAAGACGGGACUGACUACGUAUUUUUCCUUGGCGGUUUCCAGAACGAUUACUUGCGUCACUUUGACAAGACCCCAUACACGAGCAAUAAGUUUGAUGUUUCGCGGAUCUCCAAGUUUCUGUUUUCCAGCACAAACCUGAACUUGCUACGGAUCCCUGUGCUCAACGUGCGGUCGCAGCGUUGGAAAUUCAGCCGCUUUUUCUACGACCUCUCUGAGUGUGUGACACCACAGGCCAUGGAGAUACUUAUGGGCAAUGACUUUAUGCGGAACACAAGAACGAGUUUUCACGGGGGAGCAUUUUCGCUCGUGGGAAAGCAAAUCACCAUUUGCCAUGGCAUUGUUGAGUUUGUGCCAGAGAAAAAAGAGGACUUUGGCAAGAUCUCGAAGCAUUUGAAUGCCACCACUGUUUUGCUUGGUGGCCACACCCACUUGACAUUCCCAAACAUGUAA